AGGGGGCGCCCGCCGCCGGCGGCGCGUCGGAUUACGAACCGAGCCACCCGCGGGCGCCGCCGCGAGCGAGAUGGAGGCCGCCGGCCUGCGGCUGCGCGCGCUCGGCCACCACCGCCACUACUGCGGCGGCGGAUUCAAACGCGGCUGGCUCGAGGCCGCUCGGGGCGAGCGGCGCCGCCGAGCGGGCGGGGCCUCCUGCUCCCCAGCUCUCUGCUCCCUCGCUGCGAGCGGGAAUGGCAAUGGCGCUGCUGUUGGGCCAGUGGGGAGCGGCGCGGAGGUGGCGUGCGCCAGGAGGAUGCUUCAUGUCGUGCUGGUUUCGCCGCUGAUCCCAGGAAAUACAGGGUCCAUUUCAAGGACGUGUGCUGCGUCUGCAGUAGGUCUGCAUCUUGUUGGGCCAUUAGGUUUCAAGUUAGAUGACACGAAAUUGAAGCGGGCAGGAUUGGAUUAUUGGCCAUAUGUUGUUGUCAAGAUUCAUGACUCCUGGGAUGACUUCCGUGAUUAUUUCAUUAAGCAGGAAGGAGAAAAAAGGCUGCUGGCAUUUACCAAAAGAGGAACAAGCAUUCAUUCAGAUUUCUCAUACAAGCCAGGGGACUGGCUAGUAUUUGGUUCUGAAACUAAAGGAUUACCUCAAGAAGCCCAUGAGGAUUGCUGUAGAGAAGGCCUAGGCGGUGGAACCAUCCGAAUUCCCAUGGUGGAAACAUAUGUCCGGUGCCUGAACCUAUCUGUCAGCGUUGGAAUCGCCGUGUAUGAAGCCGCCAGACAGCUGAACUACGAACAGCUCCAGUAUCAACCUGAGCUCCCGGAAGCACAGGAACUAUUCCCAGCAGAGGAUAUUUACGCUUGAAAAAAAAAACUUCAAUCUAAAGAACAACUUGAUAGAACACGCAUAUAGUAGAAAGGCUAUUGAGUUUUCUACCAUUUGCUCUUGACAAAUGAGCGUAUGAUUGAGUUGGAGGACCACACGGGAUUCUGUUGCAAAUCAAUUCCAAACCGAUUCUUUGUCGAGGUGCCCUUCACAUGCUCAUUCAAAAUGUGUACUAGACUUGCCGGCUCUAUGAAAGAAUGGUGUUAGUUUUUUAUGAACCUGCCGUCAGAAGAUUAUUAGAGUAUGACAAGAUGGGGCCUCUUUCUGACUUUUUUUGUGUACUGGUUUACUGAACCAUAAGCUUGUUAAUUGCAUGCAUUGCAUC